AUGCCAACCCCGGCAGACGGGAGCGAGGCGACGACGCCGGCUCGGACCGCAGGUGCCGAGAGCACCCCGGCGCCGGCACCGGCGCCGACGCCGACAUUCGCAGAAUACCCGCCCAGACGCAUAAACCUAACCGGCCCAGCAGGCAGCGGCAAGAGCACGCUCGCGCAGCGUCUCGCUGCGCUCCUCUCCCUCCCACACCUGGAGCUAGACUCGCUGUUUCAUGGCCCGGGGUGGGUCCCGCGGCCCGGGUUUGCGGGGGACGUCGAGGCGUGGUUGCGGGGGCAUGGGGAGGGGUGGGUCGUGGAUGGGAAUUAUCGCAAGGUGCGGGGGCUGGUCUGGGCGCCGCCUGCGCCUGACGCCGACGACGCACUGCCAGGCGCCGACACGGUGGUCAUCCUCGACCUGCCAAAGUACACCGUCCUCACGUCCCUCUUCGGGCGCACGAUGCGCCGCGUGCUCUACGGCGAAACCCUAUGGAACGGCAACACCGAGACGUGGGCCAACGUCCUCUCGACCGACCCCGCGCAGAGCGUGCUCGCGUACUGCUAUACCCAGUUCGAGGAGCACCGGCAGCGCUUGGUCGACGCGGAGAGGGAGGGGCGGGCACGCGGCGGUGUGCGCUUCGUAAGGCUUAGGAGCAGGGAGGAGGUGGAGGGGUUCGUGGCUGAGCUCGAGGCCGCUGCGGGGGUGGCGAACACCGGCGCCGGCGCGGGGACGACUGGGGAUGGACCAUCAUAG